GGAACAGCUUGCCUGUUAGACAAGGAUAAAGCCGGAUGCUCCAAUUGCCUCUUUAACUUCUGCACCCGCUGCAGAGAGCCUUGUCACACAGGGAGGAGCUGUGUUAUUCUUACUCCAGAAGAAAAACUUCUCACCUUACAGGUAGUAAAUGGAUCUAGGAGUACUAUGUCAUAUACUCCUUGAAGUCCAGCUAAACGCUACAGAAUCUCUCAUUUGUCUCAAUUCAUUAUUAGCUGUGACCUGUGAGUGUUCACAAUCAGAGCCAAGUCCAACUUCCAACAUAUUAAAAGCAUUUUCAUAAAAGAAAAGGCUUAUUUUCUUCUUCAGAAUUUAGUAAAAAACAAUUUCAAACUUUAGGCCCAACAUAUUACAAGCAUGGAUAUAACUCUAUGGUCACACGCACUGCUGUGGUGUGAUUUCCUUUCCUCGCGUUGAAUAAGCGCGCCUUUAUAAGACAUUGCCUCUUGGAGGUUUUUGGAAAAAAAAGCAACGAAAAAUAUUCAGAUGGGGAGCCUCCCCCCAUGAAAGUUUCAAUUUUUUUCCAAGCUUCAGUGUUAAUAAUUGAACCAUGUGUCCUACUUAAGUGCUGAACAAGAAAAUUUGGGAUGAGGGCGUGUAGUAAUAGCACGCGCCGCUGGAUAUAUCUCCCUACCAAAUUAAUCGUUGUAGAACUGAUUUCUUUCGGUUAGUAGAGAAAAGGAACUACAAGUUUUUUCAUUAUAUUUUCAUUUUGAGGGGAACACAUUCUUGUACCUAAGGUUAUUGUAUAACAUGAUUUCCCGGAAAUAUAUGUCUGGUUGAUUAAUGCAAUGAGGAAUGAUUACAAUUAUCAAUGUGAUGUUUGUUUUAUACAGGAACAGUCAAGGGUGCGCCAAUGGAGCAAAGGCGACAUUGACAGACGAAUCAACUUGGCAAAUGAAAUAUUUAGCAUCAAGGAAGUCCUCCGUUCUUCCGUUCCAUGUCCUCAUUGUGGUAUUGCCUUCAUACGUGUGUCUGGCUGCAACCACAUGUUUUGCAGAAACUGUCACCGUGAAUUCAACUACUUAAAUGCUAGGAGGACAGAGACUGUAAGGGCACUUGAUUUCAUUACAGUGAAUGCGGUGCAGAUUGAACGAAAAGUACUGAGCCUAUCCGUCAGCUCCAGACAGUAUCCAUGCCCAAAAUGCCACCGACCAUAUCCCAAGAUGGGAAACAACAACCACAUCUUGUGCCUGGCAUGUCAGGUUCAUUACUGUGCUCUGUGUCGGAAGGUGGUGCGGAAGAUCUCAGAGCACUAUGGCCCCAGAGGAUGCAAGCAGCACACUGUCGACCCUGAGAUUGUUAGAACAAAGAACAAGGAUGACUCGGGAUCAGAACUUCUGUGAAAUGAAUUAGAGGUCAAGCAUUGGUUUCAAAUGCAUUAGGCUGUUCUUAUAGGUUUAUUUCUGUGCAGUUACACACAUAUAUACAGUUUGGAAUAGGAAUAGUUACACCUACAACCUAUUUUUAUGGAACAUCAGUUAUAUUGUUACGUUCUCUUUUUUUCGCAAAAAAAAAAAUGCAGGACCAAGGUGCCCGAGGAGCGGGCGACCUCUUGCUUAAGAGGCGGGGGCGCUUAUCACUCGACUAAAGUGAGGGGUUGUGACUUGUAUUUUAAAGAUAUUAAUAAAGUGAGGGGUUGUGACUUGUAUUUUAAAGAUAUUUUUUAAUUCAAUUUUUCAGUUGAUUUCCCCCCCAAAAUCCCAAUUUUUUCCAUUUUUGAAAGAACAAAAAUCCCU